AUGACGAAUGUUCAACAAAGCAAACACCGUAAAGCGGCUGCUUCAUACUAUGAAAAGAACAAGGAUGCGCUUCGUGAAAAAGCUCGCUUACGAAUGCGCCGCCUCCGCGCAAGUGACACUUCCAAGGACGAAACAGUGGCAGCCAAUGCAGCCGCGUCCAAGCGUGCCUCACAGGCAAAAUACCAUGAAAGUCGACGUGAAAUUCUUUGCGCAAAAGAAGCACGCCGGCGUGUUAGCAAAAAAGUGCUGGCCGGUAUCAUGGCCCUCUUUCCCCCGGCUGAUCAUGUCGACGCUGAAGAAGAUAAUGAAUGCAGCGAAGUUAGCGAUAUUGGGUAUUUGGGCAAUGGAAACCCAUCGGACACAGACAACGAAAGCGAGGCCAAAAUCAAAGCAGAAGCGAAGACGCCCCCGAUAGUUCCGAAGAUUCUGUGUGUCGACGGAAGGGAACAUGGCCAACAAACAAGUUUCAAACAAGCUUCGCUCCCGUCGCCUGCGCCACUGACUCCCGUAGGGCAUGCGGAUCCCUUCCCGAAGCUAAACCUACGUGUCCCCCAUCGCUUGCCACCCAUGCCCCCGCCCGAUCCACAUUCCUCAGCUUACACCCGACUCCGAAAACGCAAGCGGCACACCAGUCCCACUGCGCACGAUGUUCUACCUCCAGCAAUUCGCCCCCGGACGGUUGUGGAAAUCGAAGGGCCAGAUGUUCAGGAUGAGCUGGACGUCGAGAACGAUUCGGAUGUUCCGAGUGAACCAGAUGUCGAGAACGACCCAGACACCGAGGACCCAGACACCGAGGACAAUACAACCGAGUUAGACAGCAGGUCUGCAGAGUCGGAAACAGACACUGAAGAAGAAGAUAGUCAUUUCGCGCCCGACCACUAUGUGUAA